AUAAUUCCGAUAAUUUCUGAAAGCAAUAUUGUGAUGACAAACAGCAGUUGCGUGGACAAGGCAUUACCAGGCAGAGUUUCCGAUUGUCCCGCUUUGAAACAAUAUUGUAAUGUAGACUCGUACAAGCCAGUAAUGGCGAGAGAAUGCCGCAAAACUUGCAAUCUUUGCGGUCAACGUAACAACAAUAAUAUUAGUACCAACAAGACCAGAAAUUUUGGAUCAUCAACUUGCGUGGACUUUGCACAACCUGGUCAAGUUUCUGAAUGUCCGUCCAGAAAGGCUUUGUGCCAAAAAGAACGAUACAAAGAGUUUAUGAAAAAAAAUUGUCAAAAGUCUUGUGGAUAUUGUGCAUAA